GCAUUUUAUUAUAUUCCUAAAUACCUUUAAUUAAUUAAUUCCUUUCGGUUUGUUUGUUGUUAGUUUUGGUGUUGGUUUACAUGGCGAGUCGAGUAUUUAAAGUUAUUUGUAUGAAGGAGUAUGUUCAACGUAAGUUCUGAGUGUGAUAAAAUCGAUUGGCACGAUAACCGUUUGGUUCCGGUUCCCAAGUAAUUGUUAAAUUGCAGUUUAGUUGUCCCCUAACUAUAAUGAAAUCCAAAGAAUGUGUAUUGAAAUUCUUGCGAUAAUGUACCUUACGACAUAGUUUUUUUAUUUUACGCAGUGCGCCUAUAAAGUAUGUAAAGCGCAUAUUUUAAGUAAAAAAUCUAGCGGUAGGGCUCUAAUUUUCGGCUUGGUUUGCUGUAGGCGGCUGUGAGUUUCGUGAAGAAACAAAUGAAUAAAGAAGCGGACAUUUUGUAAUUAAACUUUUCAUUCCAAGCCAAAAAUUCAACUUGGUGCAUCAGUCAGUUUUAUUUUUGUGAUUUCCUGAGAUUUAGCCGAAAAAUCAGUGAACCGCCGGUGAAAAUGGAUGAAGCUCAGGUUAGUUCUGCAGCUGAGUAUGGGGAACAGGAGAUUUGCGACUUACUGAGCCAUUUCUCUCAAAACACAUAUUCCGUAUCCAAAAACAGUACUGAGCCAAGGGCCUACAUAAAUGACGCUUUAAAGUUGUUUGAACGGGACUACUCAAUCUUCAGAGUUAAAAAUGAUGAAGGAAAUCUUUGUCCCCAAUAUCCAUCCAUAUUAGCGAUUCCUGAAUCACCCAGACAGGUUACCACAAUCUAUGAGAAUGAAGAUGAGAAUAAUAGCAAAUUAGAUUUGUCAGAAAUUGUCCCUUUGUUGGAUGGAUCUAAAUUGGCAAGAUGCAGACAGCGUUUUCCAGUUCCGGUGAUCUUGGUAAAUGGAAAAUACAUUUGCCGUUCCUCCACAUUGGCAUCUGAGCCAGAGAUAUGCUACAGAACAGGACUAAUAAAUGUUCCAGGGUAUGAGCUUUUACAGUCUGUGAAAGAAUUAUGGUGGCCCACUGAGGGUCUGACUCCUGUAGCUGAGACUAAUGAAGAAGCUUCCAAUGAACCAGGGCCUUUAAACAACGACAUAAGAGCGCAAACGAUCUGUGAUAAAGUGCGUGACUUAGAUAUUAAGCUGUUGAAGAUGUUUAAUGUGAAUACCAUUGUUGACAUUAUGGUUGAGAAGAGGAAGGUGAAACAUAGUUUGUAUGUGAGUGCGUCAGAAAAGGUAGAUGCUCAUCGCUAUGGCAGUUUUAAGUUGAUAUGUCUCCCUUACCCGGGCUGUGAGUUUUUUAAGGAUUACCAUGAUGCAAUGUUCAACCCUCAGGGCCUAAUUUUUGACUGGGAAAACCCGGCUAAUGAUGCAGUAUUAUCAGUUCCAAAUGAUAACAUCCUUAAGAACUUGUCCAUACCAUUUCACCAGUAUAAAGAGUGGGACUUAGUUAUUAUUACUCAGAAUUACAUUAAAUACGUGUUAAAACGUGUACAGGAAGAAAACACUGGAAUCCUAGUCCACUGUAUCAGUGGAUGGGAUAGAACACCCCUGUUUAUUUCUUUGCUACGUUUGAGCCUGUGGGCUGAUUAUUUAGUUCACCCCACUCUAAAUGAAUAUGAAAUACUUUUUUUCACCCUGGCAUAUGACUGGUACCUAUUUGGGCAUCACCUUUCCAACAGAAUCUACAAAAAGGAGGAAAUCAUGGCAUUUUGCUUCGACUUUCUCCGUUAUUUAGGAAGUGAGGAGUUUUCGAUUAAGACUUCCAAAAAGAAGUAUUCUGAGGAAGGAAAAACCGAUGAUUCUAGAAGUCCUUCAAGAUCAUCAACCUCAUCAUCUGCUGGCAUUGAAGAUAACAUGCAAAAAAAGAAACGAACACAAGCGAUUGAUAACUUGCUGCUAGAAGCAAGUGAGAAUUCGAAUGAUUCCUUUACGGUCGCCAUGGAUAUCUGCUCGGAGGAUAGCAAUAGCUCAGUCGAUCCGGAAAAUAUGAGCACUGGAACAGGAUUGCAAGCUCACAUGGCUUUACCAUCCGAUGAAACGCUUAUGGAAUGUAUGAAUUGCGACGAGUUACCAAUCGCGAAAGUAGUAUUGUCUGCUCCAACUGUGGGUAACAGAAAAACAUCUCCCAUUCCAGUGGGAGGGGCAUCGAGGCGUCAAAGGAGCGAAAGUACUGGAAGUAACUCCAGCACUAUUAGCGCCACUUGGCAGGUGAUCAGCGAAUGCGGUAGUGUGGAGAACGACCUGAAGUACAAACCACAGAGACAACAAAGACUGGAACGCGUACGCUCGAUCUUUAAUUCUUGCUACCAAAAAGCCGUAAAGUCCGAGAGUUUUGGCCCGCCGAAGAAGUGGAUGAUUGAAGAAAUCGUAGGCAGCCUCUCUCACUUCUCAGGAUGGUUUGAUAACAUCAAUGACGCGAACGGCAGCAGCGGCGACAAUGGAAAUCAAGUCAAUGGAAGCAGCGUCAACGGAGGCAACAUCAACACUCCAACGGGACUAAAUGUGGAAAUGAACGGCAACGGUACCGCUCACAAUGAAGGGCCAGUAGGUCAAAAUGGCAUUCCGUAUCUUGAGAUUACUAAAAACGGCGAUGCCAAAAUCGUCGAGAAGAGACUCGGCGAUUAAGUUCAAAUGUUGUAUUUAUUCCGUAAUAUUUUUUUUAAAGCAAUUUUUCUAGUAUUACGGUUUGUUUUCGACUGACUAGGUUUAGUAUUUAGUUACGCAACGGAUUGCUUUUGUAAUUCGCUGAUCAUCACUUGACAAGUUUUUCUUGCAUUUAUAUUUGUUCACGUUUCAUUUGAUGGUCGGUAUUUACUAAAGUUAAUUAUCAAGUAAGCCUUGGGUUCGUGAAAUCCUCUUUCUCAUUUAUCAAGUUAUUUUAACCUAGUUUUUCGAAUUUAAGUUAGGAUCUAGAAUUUGAGCGAUUUUUGAAAGCUUUUAAUAUCAAUAUUUAUUUGGUAAAUUUAAAGCGGGGAGUUUAGUCAUGUAAAAUGUAACGCAAAAUGGUAUUUCCUAAUUAUUUAAGUCUUGAUAUCUUCGGCAUAUUUUUGAUAAAGCAUUUACGAUGAUAUGCCUUUGAGAAAUUUACUAUUGACUGGAUAAAUGAGAAUGAGUUUUCCCUGCCAAACUAAAAAACAGAUGUGCCAUUGAUUUAUUACCUUUUAAGUCCGCAUUUGGUAUCCAUGGCUGAAAGAUACUGCCAAGCAAGCAACACAUACCAUUAUUAAUAUUGUUAUGUUUAUUAAAGUUAAAUGUCUAUUAUUUUUGUAACAAUCGUCUCAGCAAUAGAAAUGUUUGUUGUUUGGUUGACUUAGACUUAUGUGUAGUUCAAAUGAAGGUAAUGUUCCUAUAAGAAAAAAUUAACGUUUGACCAACCCGUUUCUUGGUAGUAGGUUUUAUUUUUUUUUUAGUAUAGACAUUAAUAUCUCAGGGAUUCAAACUUCUGUAUCAGUAAAAUAGUUAUUGCAUUUGUCGUAAAUACUCCAUUUUGUUACAGUUUAGGGCGUCAUCCUAUUAAUCGUAGUCACUUGUGAUAUGCUGAGAUGAUUUGUCGUUAUUUUUUUUAAAUAUGUUGUGUAAAAUGUUCUUUGACAUAAUUUUAUUUUUGAUAUUACGCAAGAGGUUUUAAACCCCUUUUUGCGCCUUACUGUUGACUUAAAGCUCAAAUUCUAGUUUGAAAUUAAAUGUGUUACCUUAU